AUGUUCCCUGCUGUCCUUUUUGGUGUCUUAGUCACUAUUGUAGGCUGUCUUGCUGAGUGUGAUAUAGCAGGAUUAGCACUUGUUGCCAAGGAUCUAAAGUUCGAUGCUAAGGCCCUAAAAACUUGCCAAUAUUUAGUUGGGAAGCUGGUUGGCUGUGACGAGGAGGAAGCACAAGAGCUGAGAAAUAGACUCUUGUACAAGUCAGGUUUGAUCGAACUCUCUUUAGGCCAAGAAAUGGCAGCAAUUGAGAGUUUCGAGGCUAUACCCACUGCUCUCGGAAGUGGCAUUUCCUCCUUGGCGCACCAAAGACUUCACGAGCUUUACCAAAAUUAUGGGAUGUGGGAUAAAUUGCCGAGAGAUGAUAAUCGCAAGAAAUUUGAAUAUUUGAAAGGUGCCUCUUUGCGUGAUCUGUCAUCUGGAAAGCUUCCUCCUCUAGCAGAUGUAGAGCAAAUGAUCGAAAUGUCGCCUUGGCAAGGAGAAGCUCGAAUAUUGGAAAAUGACAUCUUUUAUGACAGGCUUGCAGAAUCCAAUGACAUAAAUUCUGCACAAAGUAUAAUUAGCAACUACGAAGUGAUUUUGAACAAGCAUAGGAAAAGCUUGAGCAUAAACGAUAAAUUAAAGAUACACUACGCCAUCACUGUGUUACAACUUUUCGUGAUCUCCACCCCUCCUUCGCAUUUAAAAAAGUGCUUGAAUUUGGAUAUGGACUAUUUGCCCUGUAGGCAGCUUUCCAAAAUUGCAAGCAGCAUUAAUAAGGUUAACCCACCGCAUUCCGCAAUUUUGCAUGCUGAUGGAUACUUCAGCUCAACAAAUAUCGACUGGAACAGAGUUCUUGAAUUUUAUUUGAAUAGUCCUCCCUCCAUUGAGACGGAGGAAUCCUUUGAAAAUAAUCUUGAUCUCAUCAAUCAUUUAGCCGGACAACACGUUAUGAAUAUUUUGAACGAUAGGCCAUUAUCUGCAUUAAAGACUAUUCUAGUCAAGGCGCCCCCGAUCACAGAUUUCAACAUCAAAGUGAAUCUCAUCUUGUGUGAAGCUUUGGAUAUAUUGUCUACACCAGAAAGUUCCAAACAAUUUUGUGACUUGGCUAUGCUUGAAGUGUUACCAAAAGAUGAAAGAAAGUCAUUGAUUGACUUUCCAAGAAACUUGCGUGACAAAGACCUUGUGAAAGACGUUCUGGAAAAAUUGUGGAGGGAUUUUCCUCAUUUAGCAGCCCAUGCAGUAAAUUAUAUCAGCAGCUCUUUGUCCACAAGGGCAAAACGUGUUAAGGAAGAUGGAGAUACAGCAGUCGCUUGGCAGCUUAUAGAAUCGUUUGUGAAUGAGCACAACUGGAAUAAAUCACCUAACAAAUACCUGGAUGCAAUUGCUACAAACAUAACAAAAUUUACUCACAAGAAGAGGCAGGAGAGGCAGCAAAAGUAUUUUCAACAACAAGGCCAACAAAGUAGGUGGCAAAAACAGCAGCACUAUAAAAACCAGAUGGCCCCAAAGGCGUCUGCAAAUAAGGAUUACUACAAGAUUUUAGGUGUCUCAAGACAGGCAGAUACUAAAGAGAUAAGAAAAGCAUAUUUGUCAUUGACAAAAAAAUACCAUCCAGACAAACAAGGUCAAUUGUCCGAAGCACAACAAUUAAGAAAUCAAGAAAAGAUGUCGGAAAUUAAUGAGGCAUAUGAAACACUGAGUGACGAAUCGAAGCGAAAGGAGUAUAACGACCAGAGAAGGUCGCCUGGCCCUAACAAUAGACAGCAAUUUCAACAUCAGAAUCCAUUCGAUUUUAGUAAUGGAUUCAAAGUAAACUUUGGGUUCCAGCGCCAGAGACGUCCAGCUGGUCACUGA